AGCACAUAGACUCACCUGUGGGGAGAACUAAGUAAUUCCGCCAUCGUUUGCUCAGUUUACUCCUCAACCCUCUUUCAGCGUCACUGGAAGCUCCCUCAUGGCCCUCCUCAACAUCUCACGCAUCGCACUUACGGGUCUCAUUGGCCUUGGUGUCGCCUCGUUGCACAUUUUCGGCGAGUCUAAUGGAUUGUUCCCCACGAUUGUCGACUUUCGUACCAGAGGGAUCUUACCCACCCAUCACACCUGGACCAAAUCAACCUUUGACACCAGCAUCACCGGCUUUGAUCCUCCCGACGGACUACUUGCUACACUCCUUGUCUUCUUCUGGCCGCUCCUUGACGGGGAAAAUCCCGCUGCGAGUCUGAUUAGCAUCGUUUUUGGUGGCCAAGCAGUUGCAAUUUGGUCCGUCUAUGUCCUCGAGGGCUGGAGGAAGAUCAAUCAAGGACGAGUUAUUUCUUUCACCACUAUUUGGGGUCUAGUCAUCCAGUGCAUUGGAUAUGCUGUUAUCGGCCCUCUCUAUCUGACGAUCUACCUCUUCACCUCACCACUGGUGACAUCCUCGGCACCCCUUACUCCAUCCGCAUUAACUAUCCAGGAAGGGAAUCUUUCUGGUUUACCAUUUGGAAUCAUUAUUGGAUUCAUCUUUCCUUCAGUGCUCAUGGCAUUACCUACACCAAGCGUCCUGUCACUGACGUCCAAGAUUACCGCGAUCCUAGUCUGGCAAGCAUUCCCAUUGUGGACGACCGUGUACAAUUACAUCUGGAGGUUUACCCUCUGGCCCAAGAUCGAAUACACCAAGGAAUCUGAUCGCCUUGCUAACCAAAUCACCAUCCUCCGAAACGUGUACAAGUUUGGACUGGCGUUGAGUGUUCCAGCUCACAUUGCAACAUGGACUAUCUCACUCUCUACCGUGGCAUUUCCCAGCCUCUUCACAACGGCCGCGCAAAGUGAACUCCACCCAGCUAGCGUGUUCCUUCCCCCCAAUCCCUUUGGUGAUGCCAAAUCGAUUGACGUUGCACAGGGAUCCAAAUGGUUCAUGCAGUACGAUUAUGCAAUUACGUCGACGGCAUAUGUCAUUUGGGCCAUUGCGUCGCGAUACUCGAAAUCUGUUAAGACGGCAACCAAGGAUCAAUCCGCUUCCUUGGACGCUUUGGCUCUAGUUGGCAUCCUCGGCAAAGUCGCACUCCUAGGACCUUUUGCUACGGCCUUGACUCUGAUCUGGGAACGUGAUGAGAUCAUUUUUGCGCAGGCUGGAGCGGUCGAAGAGAAGAAGACAUCUUGAUGGUGGACGUAAGAUCUGAGAUUGGUCACCUUUUGUAUUCUCC